ACAGCCGCCCCCACAACCAACCCCGAGGCGGGCUCGGUCCCACAGCCGACCCCGAGGCGGGCUCGGACCGACCGUCGACUCCACACCCGCCCCCGCAGCCGACCUUGAGGCGGACUCGGACCCACAGACGGCUCCACGCUUCGCCCCAGACCGGACGCAGCCCCGGAGCGGACCCCGGCCGGCCCCGCCAUGGAGCUCGAGGAGGAUUUGGAUAUGUUGGAUCCAGAGAGGUUAAUCCAGUGCCCCUUGGUUAAACACCAUUGGAUCAGAGCACGGCGGUUUCCCUAUCACCUGGUGAAGUGCAAGGAGAGCAACCCUGAAAUUGCGAAGAAGUUGGCCACGUGCCCCUUCAAUGCUCGUCACCUGGUUCCUCAGGCCGACCUCAGCGACCACAUCAUGAAGUGCAACGACAAAGCCUUCGUGGAGCAAGAUGUGGUGAGCCGGUCCUGUGAGUCCCCGCAGGAGCAGCUGAAUAAUGGGAGCACAUGGCAGGCACCUCCAUGUGCUGAAGACUGGGAAGCAGACUUGCUGGAGGGAUCUGAGUCUACUUUUGUGUGGGGUGUGAUCAACUCUGCCAUGAACAGCACCAUCAGUGACCAGAACAACUCGUUGCCCUCGCGGAUGCGGCCCCCUGACACCCUCCCGUACAGCGUGUCUGCAGGCCUAAUUCGGAGUAUUAGUUCCUCCCCUUGGAAUGUAGUUUUGCCCCAGCAGUAAGUGUCCCCCGGUUUGGACAGAAGAGCUCCUGCAGAAGACAGACAUGCUCUGGACCUGAUGGCAGGACUCUCUGCUCCUGGCUUUUAUUGCCUAAUAUGUUUCUGGUAAUGUUUGAAUAUGUGGAACUGUCCUUGGUUGGCAGAUGUUUCCCCCAGCCACUUGUUUUAAAAGUUACCUUUACUCGGUGAAUUUUGUUACUGUUUUUGAAAAAAUAAACUGAUAAAUGUACACAGAAACCUUCCCAGCCCAGCCCUGGGUCAUGGUGCCUCCCUGUAAACCGGAAAAACAUCAUAAUUGUCAAGUCUCUGGUUUUUGUAACAGGCAAACUUAGAAGUACUUUACUGUGCAUGUACAUCUUGGUUUUAUUUUGUUGGAGUCUGACUUUGACCACUCAGGAUAUGGCAGGUGUUCAGAUUGGGUUUUAAACCGUGCUGCCAUUUGCAGAGACUGCUUUGAGAGCACCCUGACCUUAACUUUUGUACCUUCACACCUUAGGCCUUGCCUUUGUCACCUUAGGCCUUGCCUUUGUCUCCUCCGUGUGAGGGACUUCCCCAGGCAGACCUUAACAGAGAAUCCUCUGCAAGUUCUUGCAUGGCACACAACUCCAAACAGGGGAGGUUUCAGCAGGACACUGAGGUGCUUUUCCAGCUCCCAUUAGAGUUUUGCAAUUUUCUAAUGGUUGGAACAUGUUUGAGAGCUCUCAGUUACCUGUUCUGUAUUGGGGGAGGAAGAGACUAGGAAUGGUUUAAAUCAGUAAAAAUGCAUGUUUGGGACUGAAAAUGUUCAGAUCAAGCAGUAUAUUUCUAAACCUGCAAAGUACAAAAUGGGAUCUAAAUAUACAACCAUAAAGAAUUAAGAAGCCACACAUGAUGUUUGUCUAGAAAGAGAUUAAUGCCUUCAUAUUUUCCCCUAAAGUCUGGAUUUCCACCAUCUGUAUACUACCACUAGAAAAUAAUACAUGUUGACUCAAAUGUGGAAAAUUUAUAUUCUUUUAAAGUUCUGCCAAUUUAUGUCGAAGUUCUUGUUGGCAAUUUAGAAUAAAAAUGCUUCGA